AUGGCUAAUGCAUAUUGGAAUAAAGUUAGAGAGGAACUGAAAGCUAUAAUCACGAAUGUUGGGGCGCCAACCAUUUUCUUUACAUUUUCAUCAGCUGAUGUGCACUGGCCUGAGUUACACUCUUUACUGGGAACUGAUACAGCCAAUUCUAGCAGUGAUAUAAGACGACAAAAUGUAAUAAAUAAUCCACACAUUGUGGACUGGUUUUUUACUCAAAGGCUAGAAUGUUUUAAACACUGGCUUUAUAAUACCCUAGGUGCACAAUGGCACUGGUUUAGAUAUGAAUACCAAGGUAGAGGUAGUAUUCAUUGUCAUGGUACUGCUAAACUAAAUAAUUACCCAGGCUUGUGUCAACUUACUCAGACUGCUUUGAAAGGAUUCUUGUCUCAGAAAGUCAAAGACGAGAAUAGUAUCCUAAUUGACACAACAGAACUCGAUCAGGAUAUUGAAGCUGGUCAAAAAGCAGCUGACAAGUAUGUCAGUAUGUUGAUUGGUUGUUAUCAACUGUUAACCCCAACCCACCAGAUGAGAAUAUCUGGAUACGACCAAAUAUUCACCUCUGCCAAAAAUGCCAUGGUGAUAUUACUGACGAGGAACAAAAUAGUGAUUAUAUAGAUCUUUUAAAUAUGGUCCAGCGACACACUUGCUGUAGCACAAGUUACUGUCGAAGAAAAAAAUCUAAUGAGUCAGAAUUAAAAUGUAGGUUCCAUUUUCCCUUUGAUCACUGUCCACAGACUAAAUUAGAGUUUGAGAAAGUUAAUGGUAAGGAUGACAACAUGCAUUAUAAAGCAAGAGUUGUUACCAGACGAAAUGAUUCAAGGGUGAAUAAUCACCAGCAAUUGCAGUUGCAAGGCUGGAGAGCAAAUUGUGAUAUACAGGUUGUAAUUGAUCAUUAUGCUUGUGUUAAAUAUCUCACAAAGUAUGCUGCUAAGGGUGAACCAAGGUCAUCUGUUCUUAAAGAUGCAUUUAAUAAUAUCAUGCAAAAAGUCGGCAAUAAUAGUGAUCCUCACACAGCUAUAAAAAAGUAG